GAAAGUUGCAGGGUUUAGUAGUCUAAUGAACUAUUUUCUCCUGUGGGGUUUCUUUCGCUACAUACUGCAACAUGAGUCUAAAUUUGGCCUGAAGCCAUUUAGCCACAAGGAAAACAUAAUUAACAUUUGGAAAUAACGUGGCAGGGGAAGGCCAAGAAGGCCGCAUCCACAGAACAAUUACUCCACGGAGACUUUUAAAAGCGUAGAAAUAGGAAUCAAAUUUUGCACCGAAAUCUCCCACAGAGAAAUUCACACUUAGUGACACUAGAUGGCGCUGUGAGCCCAAUACUGCGCUGUGACUUUGCCUCCACGCAGAACUCCAGUAAACUGCGGAUUUGAGCCGCCGCCAGCUGGUGUUCAUUGUGCUGGUGGUGCGCAGAAUAGAAAACACUCGGAUGAGUAAAAAUUGUUUCUCGCUCGUUCUGGAGUGAUGUUACAAAGGACUGCUGGGUCGUAAGGACGAGCAAGAUGUUGCAGAGGUAGAACAUCUUCAACUGUUGCCUUUUACCUUUUGCAUGAGGACAAGUAGAGAACCACUCUUCCUCCUCCCUGUUAAAUGAGCAAUGAAGAAGAUGAUGAUCCAGGCCUCAUGUAGGAAAGGUCUGCAGGUGUGUUUACUCAUACUGAUGGUGGGGAAACUGCAGGGGAAGGUAACAGCACCGGAGCGUCUGGAAGCUCCAGUGGAGAAGCCCUUCACUCUGACUUGCAUUGUUUCGAGGGAACGAGGUGAGUCUCUCAGGCAGGUGCAUUGGCUGGAUGUCCAGAACCAGACCCUGCUGAGCUACCAGCCCGGUCUCAGAGACAGCGUGAGUGGACAGCAGCAUGUGGAGCUCGCCUCCUCCCCGAAAGACACCUCAGCUAUUACCAUCCGCAGGGUGGGCUUCCGUGAUGAAGGCUGCUACACCUGCAUCUUUGACAUGCAUCCUUCCGGUUCAAAGCAGGGACAGACUUGCCUCACUGUUACCUCUCAAGUCACCGUUGACAGUAACAAGACAGCAGUGAGCGGCAAGAAGGUUUCCCUCUCGUGCUCCUAUGGUUUGCCUGAAAAGGUGCAGCAGAUCAUAUGGAGACACACUUCUGCACAAGGAGACUCCACAGAGGUGGCCUCCUUUGCAAAGAAGAGCGACCCCAUGAUAGAGCCACCAUACCAGGGGAGAGUCUGGCUAAGUGCCUCUAUGUCCAAGAGUCAGCUCACCAUCCAGCCUGUCACUAUCCAGGACGAGGGCUGCUACACCUGCCUGUACACCACACAUCCUGACGGGCCGAAGAGCUCCACGGUUUGCCUCGCCACCUAUGUGCUGCCCAAACCUCAGGUGAGCUACAAGACCACCUCUCCAGGUGUGAUAGAAGCCAACUGUACCUCAGUGUCGCGCCCCCCAGCAGAGAUAGUGUGGAAUGUGGAGAGGGAUAACCGCACCAUGGGACCCCCUGUGACGACACAGCUCCCACAGGGAGACGGGACCACUCUGGUCAUCAGUACACUGACUGUCCAAUCAGCGCUGCUGAAAGACGUGUCCGUCAAAUGCUUGGUCCACCACAAAGGGCUUGAGUCACCGAUUGCUGUGUCCAUGAACACUAAAAUUGGGACGGCCCUCACCAUCCUGAUCUCAGUCACUACAGUGGCAGCCCUGUUGGUCAUGUCCCUCUGCUUCUGCCUUUGGAAGUGUUUCUUGCACAAAGAAGCUGAUUAAUCUUUUAGAUGAGACCAGAGGCUGAAAAGAAGAGGCAGUGCUUCUCAGAGCCAACCUUGCAGAAUUGUUUCCCUGCAUCAUCAUCAUCAUCAUCAUCAUCAUCAUCUUGGUAAAAAAAAGGGAAGAUGUUCUGGCAAACCUCUACAGGAUGUCAAAUACAAUCCUAUGUAUGAGCGCCAACUGUACAACGACAUUCAUUCUUCUGCUUCUGCACCGGACUCUUAUAUUAUUAUUAUUAUAAUCUCUAAGCUAUCCUCACAUGAAGUCAGUGAGGAAAUGUUGAGUGCAUAAUUUUUUUUCUCUCUGGCUCUGUAAUUGAUUGAGUCGAUUGCCACAACACACAGCAGAGUCACUUAAAAUACUUUCCUCUGUUUGUCUCUAUCUUUUACCAGGUCCUUAAAGGAUAAGUCUGGUGAUUUUAUAUUUUUCUUAUACAAUAAAUCCCAUGAAAAGACUAAAACCAACAACUGAUUCUACUAACAACUAUUGUCUGUGUAGCCAAAGUCUGAUACAGCUUAUUCCUCUGUGCCACAGCCCUUUAUUUUAAGUCGAUCCCAUAUACACCGUCCUGCUUCCAUAAAUACUCACUAGCGCACCAAAUGUGUAUUAAUCUGCAAUUUACUCCUGUUUGAGUAACAUUUACUAAUAACUGCAGUGCCCAUCUGUUUUAGGAGAUUAUUUAGCCUUCUUAGUUAGUCUCAGUUAGUUCCCUAGCUGAACCAGUAUUUUUUACAUGGGAUUUUUUGAAAAUAGGAAAAAAUAUAUCAAGUAUCGCCAGCCUAACCUUUAAAUAACACAGCUAAUUGGCACUAUGAGCUCACCAUUAAGGUUUUACUUCUUGUGCCUCAGUCGAAGGCCUCCGUCACUUCUGUGUGUUGUUAAAGCUGGGUGGGGCCAGGGGUGUUCUUCAUUAGUUCAACUAAGAGGGCUGCAUACUUGCGUCUUGUAUGUGUAAUAUCUAUUUUCAAAGACAGUUUCAAAGUCUGUUUGUGUGUGUGUGUGUGUGUGUGUGUGUGUGUGUGUGUGUGUGCAUAUUUGUUAGAGGUUAAAUUCCAUGGUCAGAUAGCUUGAAUUAAUUCUCUGAAGAAGCAAUGCUGAAACCCUUUGGUGCCCCUGAAAGGAAUGCGUGUCCUGUUGCCUGUCUACAGUUAGACAGAGUCAGGCCAGUUCAUGCGUGUGAUGAUAUGAGUGUGAGUGUACAGGUUGGGUUGUGGUGGGGUGGCUUAGUGGUGUGAUAAUGGUCAUGCCUAGAAGAGCCACUAUGCUGCUGUGAGUGUUCUUAAAAAAAAAACAAAAAAAACAUGCCUGCUCAUUUGUUUGUUGCUCUGGAUUGAAGUGGAACCUAAAUGCCUAAAAUAUAAUGUUAUGAGGCUUUUGGGAUAUAUCAUGUUUGCAUGUGUACAGAGGCAUUUAAAAACUUAAGCUUUACACUGAAAUAAUCUUCUAUAUCAAAGCAUAUGAUUUGAAUUUGAGUCAGUUAUCAAUGGUGUGCAGGUUAUCAGACUUCAAGAUUCAUGCUUCAAUCGGGCACAUCACUUCUUCACCAUUAAUAAGAGUUUCUUCUGUCUGCAUAGUUUCACUAUAUGCACACAGCACUGAUUAUGAGCUCAGAGCUUACAUUGGAAUAUUUUUUUAAAUAAAUGGAAAUUUAGCAUAGUAUCCAACCCUGUACAGAGCAACUGUAAGCCUGUAAAAGAAAAAGAAAAAAAUGAAACAAUGCAUUAUGACCAACUAUGUAAAGUUGAUGUAAUAAUUGCACCAAACAGAAUAAUAAAAAUAUUAAAAAUG